GCUAACGAGCCUUUAAUGUUCCUCAAUGACGGUCGUGUGGUGUAUGGGAAACUUGGAUCCACAUUUAAAUAUCAAACAGUUCUUCCAGGGUUAUAUGAUCGCGUAGUUUCUGGAAUGCACAGUGUGACAAUAAAGGAUUGGGAUUGCUCGACACCGCUUUUUGUGUGCACCAUUGAGGAAGAUAUGCCGUAUCGAAGCGUUGCAACCCUCACCGGAACCAUGAAUUACGGACUUAAGCGCGUCACCUUCUUCGGCAAGUACUCUAUCCCUAUCACAAUUCUAUUCUACACUGAUCACUAUUGGCCAGAAAUGGAUGACCACACGUUUCAGUGGCAAUACUCUCUUCCUCUCGUUACUUAUGCCAAGGACACGGAUAUUGUAACUUUGUCCGCAUACAUUCUCCAUGUUAGCGCUAUUUCUCUUCCAAACCAACCCUUCGCAUCUUUCAAAGCUAAACCCGACGUUGUAAACGACUUCAUCUCCCUACUGCCUAUGGAAGAAAUCGUAAGCUACUUCUUGGGAUCAGCCACCCGUACCAGUAUUCUGUCCUCACUUGUGUGGAUAGGUAGGUAA